AUGACCUACCAAGUCUUGUUACAUGCAACGAAUAAACCCCGUGCAGUAGCAUCAACGGUGUUUUUUUUGAAGAUUGGCAAAGCAACUGGCCGCUUGCAUAAUUUCAUUGUGGAGCCAUUCUGUGAGCAUUCGGAUGCCGAUGAAAUGUACAUUGCAAUCUACAGUCGACGCGAACACGACAUCAUCCUUUUUUACGAACGAGGCGGAAUCGAUGUUGGCGAUAUCGAUGCUAAGGUAUGCUCAGGGCGAUUCGAUUUUAUAACAACAUAA